CGCCAUUGAGCAAAAAAGAAAGAGGAAGAAGAAGAAAAAAAAAGGAGCAGAAAGCGACACAUUCCAGACAAAGCUCAACGUUCGAGUUGUUUUUGAAAAAAAAAUCAUCAAAAAUGUUGAAAGAGUUGGUGAAGGAGCGACUCAUGGCGGCGGCCGAUGAAAUAUUCGCGCUGUUUGAAAGGACGAUCGCGUCGUACGAGGAGGAACUUUCUAGAAGGAUCCAGGAAAAGGAGCGGCAUCGACAACUGGAAGCUUCUAGCAAGACUGCCAUGGUUGUGCAGGGUGGAGAAGUCCGCAACCGGCUGGGUCUUCAAGAAGAUCGUCGCACUCGGCCGGAGUAUUCACAGCCCCCUCGCGUCAAAGAGGAAGAGGAGGAGCUUUGGGUCACCGGGGACCCCCCUCCCAUUAAAGAGGAAGAAGAGGAACUUUGGGUCACUAAGGAGAGAGAACGUCUUCUCGGGUUGGAGGAGGCCGAUUUCACCAAGCUGCCGCUGACUGUUGUCUGUGUGAAGACGGAAAACAGUCCUCCGGAGUUCUCGCAGCUUCAUCCCAGAUGGGCGGAGCCUCCCAGCGGCAGCUCACAUCAACACAGGACUACAGAAGCAGAUGGAGGCCACUGUGGUAGAGCACAAGCAGACAACCUCUUCGCCCCGCUGUCCGAUAGUGACGACACAUCACUCUCUCCUCUGGGCGAAGACCGGAACAACGCCCAGGAACGUUUGAGCGGCGAUACGGACUGCGACGCUGACAACAAACACGACGAGUGCUCCAAAAAGAAGCCAGGGACUUACGUGACCUGCUUAGUUUGCGCUAAGAAAUUUGCCAAAUCGGGCGGCUUGACUCGGCACAUGCUGACGCACACGGGAGAGAAACCUUUCAUUUGCUCGGUUUGCGGGCAAAAAUUUGCCCACAGGUUUACCUUGGCCCGACACAUGAGGACGCACACGGGGGAAAAACCCUUUAGUUGUUCAGUUUGCGACAAACGGUUCUCGGAGAAGUCGAACAUGGUCGCGCACAUGAGAACGCACACGCACGAGAAACCGUUUGGAUGCUCCGCUUGCGGCAAGAGCUUCUCCCACAAGAGGGACUACUCCCGCCACCUGCGGACGCACUCGGGGGAAAAACUCUACAGCUGUUCCACCUGCGGCGAGCGAUUCUCCCGGAAGUCGUACAUGUUGUCGCACGCCAGGACGCACACGGGAGAAAAACCAUGUGUUUGUUCAGUUUGCGGGAAAAGAUUCUCCCAGACGGGAACCAUGGUGAGGCACAUGAGGACGCACUCGGGAGAACAGCCCUUCAGUUGCUUAAUUUGCGGUAAAAGAUUCUCUGCCAAGGCAAACAUGGAGACACACAUGAAAACACACAUGGAAUGACUCCCUCACCGCUGACAUGAACAUGUAGGAAACAAACCUUCACACUGCACUGUAAGCUGUCCAAUUAUUAUUAUUUUUUGUCAGAUCCGGUCUUUUUCUAUUAGUCAGUCACAUUACAAAAAAAAAUGAUUUCAUCUAAUGCGAACACAAUCCGUCACACGUGCUUCAAGGCUAGUAGGGUUUUGUGCAAUCAAAAUCAACAUUUUUUAAAACUCUAUUAACACGCUUAGACCAGGGGUGUCAAAUGUACGAACAGGUUUUAUCUGGCCCGCUGGGAAGAGUUUGCUAAGUAUAAAAAUGAGCCAAAAUGUUUGAAUGAAAGAAACUGCGGUGUUAAAUAGGAACAUUAUCAGCAGACCUAUGUAAGCGUCAAUAUAUACCUUGAUGGUGCAGAAAAAAGACCAUCUAUUUUUUUAACCGA